CACGGAUGAGAAAGUGGAUUUGGCACCCGGGUAUCUAGUAUUCAGACAGACGCCAUGGCAGCCCCAACCACCGAUUGUGUAUCGUUGACAAUUGCCGCCAAUAUAGCGUGCUCAAUAUCGAUAGUACUGAUAAACAAAUGGCUUUAUACGGAGUACGGCUUCCCCAACAUCAGUCUCACGUGUAUCCACUUCGUCAUGACAUCACUAGGGCUGCUUAUAUGCAGAAAACUGAACUUUUUCCAGCCCAAAAGCGUCCCAAUCAUGAAGAUGAUGCCCCUGGCCCUGACGUUCUGUGGGUUUGUUGUGUUCACUAACUUGUCUCUGGAGACGAAUUCUGUGGGAACUUACCAGAUCAUGAAGACCAUGACGACCCCCUGUAUCAUGGCUAUACAGUCAACAUACUACGAUAAAUCAUUUUCGACAAAAGUGAAACUCACUGUGAUUCCAAUAACUAUAGGAGUUACUUUAAAUUCAAUAUAUGAUGUGAAGUUCAACUUGCUCGGGGUAUGCUUUGCCACUGCUGGUGUACUGGUCACGUCGCUGUACCAAGUGUGGGUAGCGGAGAAGCAGCAUGAAUUCCAGAUGAACUCGAUGCAGUUGUUGUAUUACCAGGCUCCACUGUCAGCAGCCGUCCUCAUUGUUGUCAUCCCUUUCAUCGAAGCACCUCUUUUCAGCUUCCACGGAGCUCUAGGCUCCUAUCCUAGAAAUGUAGUUAUGUUGGUGUUGAUGUCUGGGGUGAUAGCCUUCUCUGUCAACUUGACCAUCUACUGGAUCAUUGGCAACACUUCACCCGUCACAUACAACAUGGCUGGCCACCUCAAGUUCUGUGUAACAGUACUACUGGGGGUUCUUGUGUUCAGUGAUCCCCUGUCAUUUCUACAAGUCUUAGGCAUAGCUACCACUCUCUCAGGAGUGAUAGGCUACACACAUUUUAAGAUGGCAGAGCAGGUUAAACAAGUCCUUCCUCAACAAAACAACUAAUAGACAGAUUAAAUCAUCAUCUACAGAAAAAAUCAUUGAUAGAUAGCUACUUCAACAAGGCAAAUUUUCAGCAGACAGCCUGUCUACCACAACAGUGCUAGCCAUAGACACGGACAUGUAGACUUUCUAACUGGACAUUUCAUAAAACAGCCAGGCCGACUCAGCAGAUCUAGGGCAGUUCCUUGAAAGACAGCCAGCUGUCUACCACAAAAGUACCAGCCAUAGGCUGACAGCAAGCCAACUCAAUAAAACCCUUAACAAGACGGAUAGCCUGCAGGCUACCAUAGAAAAUGAAUUGGCAUGAAGACAGUCUUCAUUCGUAAUAGAGUAGGGUACAAGCACACUGUCCCUCACAGAAAAUGGAUGGUUCGGUUGAGGUAACCUGGCCAGUCAAGUGUCGACAUGUGUGUCUUCAUAUUCACAUAGUGAGCAUAUCAUCUGUUCUCUUUGAGUACAUGGACGUGAUGAAAUUUCUUCUUGACAUUAAAGAGUUAUAUACUGUCUAUCAUUCCUGUCCCAGGAGUGAUACACUCCUCUGAGAUGUAUGGAGAUUUAUUUUUGUUGUGACAUAGACAGUGCCAUGUUGUGAUACACCUGUUAACUGUGACUAGUGUCACAUUUGAUCAUGUUAAUUAUGUAAACAUGGGUUUGAAUUUUAUAGGUAUAAUAUAUAUUUAUCAGCAUUGGUAACCUAGAUAAAUUAACCCUUAUUUUCUCUGCCACUUCACUAGUCUAUUCAAUUUUCUGGUGUCUGCUUCUCUUUAUAAAUCACCCACUAGAUAGUGUAUGCUAGAAACUUUGGCCUAGUUCAACCUAAAAAUUGGCCCUUCAAUAAUAUUCUCUGUAGCAGCGUUAGUUUGCCUUCUCAUUUAAUUACUAAAGUGUAGUGUGUUGCAUAAUAAUGUUUGCUGUCAUGAUAAAUUUGUCCUCAUUAAUAUAAGGAGGCUGAACAUUUCUUGGUUUACAGAGUAUUGACUUAUUGCUUUAUAACAGCAACAAUAUGACAGUGUAAUGAGGUUUUGUGUAUAUCAGAGGACAUAGUAACCCGAGUCCUGUGUGAGUAGUGAUUAUUUAGUCACUUAGUCCUGUGUGAGUAGUGAUUAUAUAGUCACUUAGUCCUAUGUGAGUAGUGAUUAUUUAGUCACUUAGUCCUGUGUGAGUAGUGAUUAUUUAGUCACUUAGUCCUGUGUGAGUAGUGAUUAUUUAGUCACUUAGUCCUGUGUGAGUAGUGAUUAUUUAGUCACUUAGUCCUGUGUGAGUAGUGAUUAUUUAGUCACUUAGUCCUGUGUGAGUAGUGAUUAUUUAGUCACUUAGUCCUGUGUGAGUAGUGAUUAUUUAGUCACUUAGUCCUGUGUGAGUAGUGAUUAUUUAGUCACUUAGUCCUGUGUGAGUAGUGAUUAUUUAGUCACUUAGUCCUGUGUGAGUAGUGAUUAUUUAGUCACUUAGUCCUGUGUGAGUAGUGAUUAUUUAGUCACUUAGUCCUGUGUGAGUAGUGAUUAUUUAGUCACUUAGUCCUGUGUGAGUAGUGAUUAUUUAGUCACUUAGUCCUGUGUGAGUAGUGAUUAUUUAGUCACUUAGUCCUGUGUGAGUAGUGAUUAUUUAGUCACUUAGUCCUGUGUGAGUAGUGAUUAUUUAGUCACUUAGUCCUGUGUGAGUAGUGAUUAUUUAGUCACUUAGUCCUGUGUGAGUAGUGAUUAUUUAGUCACUUAGUCCUGUGUGAGUAGUGAUUAUUUAGUCACUUAGUCCUGUGUGAGUAGUGAUUAUUUAGUCACUUAGUCCUGUGUGAGUAGUGAUUAUUUAGUCACUUAGUCCUGUGUGAGUAGUGAUUAUUUAGUCACUUAGUCCUGUGUGAGUAGUGAUUAUUUAGUCACUUAGUCCUGUGUGAGUAGUGAUUAUUUAGUCACUUAGUCCUGUGUGAGUAGUGAUUAUUUAGUCACUUAGUCCUGUGUGAGUAGUGAUUAUUUAGUCACUUAGUCCUGUGUGAGUAGUGAUUAUUUAGUCACUUAGUCCUGUGUGAGUAGUGAUUAUUUAGUCACUUAGUCCUGUGUGAGUAGUGAUUAUUUAGUCACUUAGUCCUGUGUGAGUAGUGAUUAUUUAGUCACUUAGUCCUGUGUGAGUAGUGAUUAUUUAGUCACUUAGUCCUGUGUGAGUAGUGAUUAUUUAGUCACUUAGUCCUGUGUGAGUAGUGAUUAUUUAGUCACUUAGUCCUGUGUGAGUAGUGAUUAUUUAGUCACUUAGUCCUGUGUGAGUAGUGAUUAUUUAGUCACUUAGUCCUGUGUGAGUAGUGAUUAUUUAGUCACUUAGUCCUGUGUGAGUAGUGAUUAUUUAGUCACUUAGUCCUGUGUGAGUAGUGAUUAUUUAGUCACUUAGUCCUGUGUGAGUAGUGAUUAUUUAGUCACUUAGUCCUGUGUGAGUAGUGAUUAUUUAGUCACUUAGUCCUGUGUGAGUAGUGAUUAUUUAGUCACUUAGUCCUGUGUGAGUAGUGAUUAUUUAGUCACUUAGUCCUGUGUGAGUAGUGAUUAUUUAGUCACUUAGUCCUGUGUGAGUAGUGAUUAUUUAGUCACUUAGUCCUGUGUGAGUAGUGAUUAUUUAGUCACUUAGUCCUGUGUGAGUAGUGAUUAUUUAGUCACUUAGUCCUGUGUGAGUAGUGAUUAUUUAGUCACUUAGUCCUGUGUGAGUAGUGAUUAUUUAGUCACUUAGUCCUGUGUGAGUAGUGAUUAUUUAGUCACUUAGUCCUGUGUGAGUAGUGAUUAUUUAGUCACUUAGUCCUGUGUGAGUAGUGAUUAUUUAGUCACUUAGUCCUGUGUGAGUAGUGAUUAUUUAGUCACUUAGUCCUGUGUGAGUAGUGAUUAUUUAGUCACUUAGUCCUGUGUGAGUAGUGAUUAUUUAGUCACUUAGUCCUGUGUGAGUAGUGAUUAUUUAGUCACUUAGUCCUGUGUGAGUAGUGAUUAUUUAGUCACUUAGUCCUGUGUGAGUAGUGAUUAUUUAGUCACUUAGUCCUGUGUGAGUAGUGAUUAUUUAGUCACUUAGUCCUGUGUGAGUAGUGAUUAUUUAGUCACUUAGUCCUGUGUGAGUAGUGAUUAUUUAGUCACUUAGUCCUGUGUGAGUAGUGAUUAUUUAGUCACUUAGUCCUGUGUGAGUAGUGAUUAUUUAGUCACUUAGUCCUGUGUGAGUAGUGAUUAUUUAGUCACUUAGUCCUGUGUGAGUAGUGAUUAUUUAGUCACUUAGUCCUGUGUGAGUAGUGAUUAUUUAGUCACUUAGUCCUGUGUGAGUAGUGAUUAUAUAGUCACUUAGUCCUGUGUGAGUAGUGAUUAUUUAGUCACUUAGUCCUGUGUGAGUAGUGAUUAUUUAGUCACUUAGUCCUUUGUGAGUAGUGAUUAUUUAGUCACUUAGUCCUGUGUGAGUAGUGAUUAUUUAGCCACUGAGUCCUGUGUGAGUAGACUGGUUAUUUAGGCACUUAGUCCUUUGUGAGUAGUGGAUAUUUUUUAAUGAUUUACUCUGCUAGACAAAAUUAAUGGUGAUUUCUUCACGAUUCCCUGAACUAUAAAAAUUAUUUUCUCAUAAUUUACUGCAAUGAAUUUCCUGUACUAGAUCAAGUUAGUGGUUAGCAUUAUCAUGAUAUACUGCACUACAAAAAAUUGUAAUGCAAUUAUUACUCUUGCGAACCACUAGGAGUUUAAUUUUUGUUUCACAAUCUGCCGGUAGUCCAAUAUUCGACAGAAAGUGUGUAUACCAUACUUGUGAAACACCAGUAAAAUAUUUCGCUACAUGUUGUGUUAAAAAAAUCUUUAAAUGUUCACUAUGAUCAUGCGUUAUUUCUGUAGUUCACAAUGCUAGCCACUCUUUGUUAUAAUAUAUAAGAGACAUUGUUAAUGAAAUAUGGGCAAUUUUAUGCACCUUUCAAGAAAUUUCAUUCCAUUGACCAUUAUUUUUAGGUGUUGGAUGGAGGGGGGGGGGGGGGGGGCCUAUACAAGAAUCAGAUUGUCUGUCUGUCUGUACGGAGAAUCUUGUAUCUACAUCUCUACAGGUUUCAUCAUAAUUUUUUGAAACUCCACUGAUGUAAUCACUACACUCUUAUAUAAGUGCUUAUUUUGUUAUCUGCCUAUGUUCAUAAGAGUUGUUCCCCCUGUUGUGAAAUCCUUUGUUAUGUCUUGUUCAUGUGAAUAAUGUUCAUGAGAUCUUUUGGCAGACUUUUAUGAUGAUAGGGGAGGGGUGGUAUAAAAAGGGGUGGUAUUAAGAGGGAUGGUAUUGGCCUAUGGCUUACAGUUGUUGUUAUUAUUAAUGCUGUCCAUCCAUCUCUAAACCUUUUGUACAAGUAUUUCUUCUUUUUCCAAACGAUGUCUUCAAAACUUCUACAUCCUCCAGAUACCAGAUGUGCUCCUACAUGCGUAUAGCUGUGUGUUAGCGUUAUGUACAGAAUAUUGGACCAGCAUUACAAAUCGCCAAACAUCUACCUGGUAGUCGCUUAGUUCAACCAUUUUCUCGAAACUUGCUAGGAUUUGUCACCAUCAUUUUCACCCAAGUAAGUUGUGCAUGUUGAUCCAACAUUAUGAUUAGUUAUUGCACUUGUUUGCACUUCAGGUAUUACAAACUUUUCCAGGUACCUAGUUUCUUAGGUCUCCAUCUGAUUUCCUUGAAAGCUUUAGGUCUCCAUCUGAUUUUCUUGAAAGCAGAUAGAGUUGAUCAUCAUUAAAAACUUGAGAAUGUGUUUGACAAAAAAACAGGGAUUGAUACCUCAAAAAUAUAUCAAUAACAGCUGUACUGAAGUAAUUGGAUAAUAGAUAUACCAAACGUAAAACAGUGACGAAAGCUAUACCAAAACGGUAAGCCUAAAAUUUAAUAAGACCAAAACAUACAGAUAACAGCUAUACAAAACAGUAUGGACAGCUAACUGACCUACCUAAACAAACAAACCAUUAACAACUAAACCAAACUGUAUGGAUAGCUAACUGACCUACCCAAACAAACCAUUAACAGCUAUUAUACCAAACUGUAUGGUAGCUAACUGACCUACUUAAACAAACCAUUAACAGCUAUUAUACCGAACUGUAUGGAUAGCUAACUGACCUAGCUACCUAAACAAACCAUUUACAGCUAUUAUACCAAACUGUAUGGAUAGCUAAAUGACCUAAAAAAAACAUUAACAGCUAUACCAAACUGUAUGGUAGCUAACU